GUCGGAGUAUUGACGGCAGGAGUGCUUGGAGUGCUCGUUCGAUGAAGAUGAGCAAUGAAGAUUGAGCAUUCAACUGGGCUACCAGCAUUGUUGUAACUUGAUCAUUGCAUCCCCGGCCACCAGAGCUGAUCAUAUGGUUAACCUCUCCAUCCUAUUUAUUUCUUAGUAUUUUGCUUUGCUAUCUAACUACUGGUUUGUGACGUAAACGAAUCUAAUAUAAUAGAUUAGUAGCCCAAACAAACUAUAGGCAAAGAUUAUUGACCUAAGUUGCAAUUUACCACCUUCCCCCCUCUCUCUCCUCCUCUGUUAAUCAAACACCUGUUUUCCAGUUUCCAGCUUCGUUACUCGAAUAUCCCUUGCCGCCUGCCGAGGAAGGGAAGAAAAUGUCGUCGGCGGCGAUUUCUAGUUUCAUACCCUGCGGCCGAGGCGGAAUCUCGGCGACUCCCGGCGAUAUCACCGCCAAUAAUCUCCUCACACUACAACGCACUUUCCCGACUUCUGCUGGUGUUCAGGACCGAGGCUUCUUACUCCAGGAUGAUUGCCACUGGAUUGUUGUCCCUGCUACUUUCAUCAGCGUGGCUUCCUUGUUCUGCAUAGAGGAGGUUGGUGUUCUUAUUGAGGAACCAUUUCCAAUGUUGGUCCUGGAUGAGCUGUGCACUCUGGUUGCCUGAACAUUCAGGAUGCUGUGGCCAAUGAUAAAGCCAUUCAAGCACAUCUUGUCGCAAAAAAGAAGAUCCGGCCUCUUCGUGAGCACUCAGGAACUCACAAUUUUCUUUUCUCUGAUGCUCAAGGAAGAUUGGCAUGAGACUUUGGCUAUGGCAUGUAAUCUGGAUACAGGUGACUACCUUGCGAUGGUGUGUGGUGGUAGGCUCCACUUUGGAAAGAACGACACUGUAGAGUGUAGGGUUUCCUGGGUGCAAGGCAGAAGCAUAAAGUUGUUGGUUGUUACUGCUCAGAUCAAUUUAGUAGUGAGUUGGUUUGGCUACUGUAAAGAAAGACCUGUUGGACUUCGAGCUCCUGACACUACUAAAUUGAUUUGAGUGUAAAUCAAUUUAGUAGUUGCAAGUCCAUCUCGAGCUGUGAUCAUCCGAUUUCAUAAUGCAUGAUUGUUGUUCUUUAGUUUUAGUUCAAUUGGUGAAGCAAGCAUGCGAUAUUGUGAUGCGAUUCUCAUUUAGAGUUGUUUGUGUUGCUUUGUUUUGCUCCAUUGUAUUCUUAGGGCCAACUGUGGAUUAGUUUGGGGUGAUUGCGGACGAUGUUCUGAAAAUACUUAUUAGAGAUGCCAUCAAGGGUGGAAUCAGACAACUUGGUUGUGUUUUGAAGAUUGAGAAACUGUUAGCCAUGUACAGAUCAGUAUAUACUCACGAUAUUGGGCUUUGGUGGAUGGGAGGUGUAGGAAAAAGACUACUCUAGCCUCAACUUGCCAUCAAGGGUCUCUACUAUACUACCCCAGAAGCCUAUUAUCCAGAAAAGUUUCAGGAGGUGGCAUCGUUUCGUAAGGACAACAGUAUGCGGAUAGGUAUUGAUGGGGGUUGAAGAAGGUUCAAUCUUGCGAGCAAUACCAAGCAAGGCAGGGACGCGGAGUCAGAAGUUGCUACUACACUUGACGUCUCUGCAACCUCAGGUACAUGAAUACUGUUGUUUCCUCUUCCCUUAUGACAUGGUAUGGACCACAGAAACAGUUGAAACCAUUCUUCCCAGUAGGAAACAAUGACUUUUUUCUGGUAGGUGUGAAUAUAUACAAUAUACUACU